AUGAGCCCAAAUUCGUCGUCUUUAAAUGGUUUAUCCUUCACCCCACAACGCAACAUUUUUACGGAAGAUCAGGAGUUUGCGGCUUCCUUGUACAAGGUGACGGUGCCGAUCCAGAAUGUAUUGUUAUUGAUCUCAGUAGUGGGAAACGGGUUGUUGGUGGCUGCGGCUCGUAACCUGCCAAGUCCGGUGUCUCCCUACCUCAAAUUAUGCGUGUCUCUUGCGGCAGCUGAUCUCUGUACAUCGAUUAAUAUUUGUUUGAAGGGUAUGACGAGUUACGUGAUAAUUUACCUCGGACUCCACAAAACCACCAACCUAUGCACAUUGGCUUUGUUUGAGGCGUUAAAGAUUUCCUCGAUGCUCUGCUCGAAUUGGCAUUUAUUUAUUCUAACGUUAAAUCAUUGGUGUGGCACCAUGUGGCCGUUGAGGCAUAAGAUAUGGGUAACAAAUGGGCGGAUGCGAUACGUAUUGGUGGGAUUAUGGGUGCUGCCACAUGCUUACGUUUUUGCUUGGUUUUGGGCACUGCCCGAUGGUGGUUUCCGGGACCCGACCUGCUCAAUGAAGUUCUACUUUUCAUUCCCGUUCCGCGCUACGACAUUUCCACUAUUUUUCCUGCCGAUUUUGGCUACUGUGGCAAUGUACUUCAAAAUCGUUCGUUGCCUAAGCGAGGCCCAGCUGAAGAUGGUGAAGUCAAGUCCUAGCUGCGCUGAUCCUCUAACGAGGAGAAGUAGCGCAGAGGGUAACGUGAAGCGGAAAAUGAGACUACUGGUGACAAGUCUGAUCAUCGUCUCGUCAUACUGCUUCUCCUGGGGGCCGCAUAUGAUAUUUUUCGUAAUGGUCUGCUACCAAGACUGUCCAAUCGUUGCCUACCGGGAUAUCCGGUUACGAACUGCGGUUGCCAUCUCACUUAUCGUCAACACUCUGGUCAUCAUAAAAAUGGCGGCAAAUUUGUUCAUCUACACACUCCGGAUGGAGAAGUUCAGGAUAUGCAUUGCGAGUGACUGUAAGAGCAUCAAGCGAAUAUUCUUGAAAAUCUGCCGGAGCAGCAUCCCCCAUUCUCCAUUGUGCCCACGAAGGCUUACCCCAACGCGACCGCAAUACAUCCGACCUUGCUGGAUGAACUUGUGGGGACAAUUCAGAAAACCUGAUAAUAAUGGCUUCUCCCUCCGUGAUUGGCAGCCAGGAAUGUGCACUCACUUGAUCAUAGAGGCUGAAUGGCUACAGGAUGAGGUAGCGGGAAGGCCGACUAGCCAUGCAAACACUGCUUCCGUAAGUAGCGAAUAUUGCUCUAAAAUCAAGGAUAUGGCUGCGAAAAUGGGCGGAUCAAAAAUCCAGGGUUGGGCGACAGAAAACUGCGAAUUAUUGAGAGUAGUAGCCGGGGUAGACGAUUGCACGGAGUUUAUCGAUAUGGUCAAUUUGUGCACCUCAAACUCAACUGUAUUUCACGAAGAGGACUCUUGGAUUGGGGCCAACUUUGUGGAAAAGGUGGUAUCCCUGAAGAAAAUUGAUCCAGAUCUAAUGGUGCUGCUCUCAAUUUCUGGAAGGACUUUUGGAGCAGUGAUCUUUGAAGAGCUAAAAAUUAACACCCGCCGAAUCGAAUUCACCUAUGCCUGUCUCAGCUUCCUAAAAAUGGCUAAUCUCGAUGGUGUCGCCUUGGAUUGGUCGGAUUCGGCUGGAGAUACGACGAAUUAUGCAAGUUAUCUUCAGGAAUUCCAAACAGUCCUCAGCGAAGCAAAUUCCAUGAAAAUUGGAUCACCGUAUCAAGUGGUAGCAGUUCUGCCAGGUGACAAGCAAUCGCUGUUUGACAAUUACGAUUUGAGACAAAUUUCGAGUGUCGAUUUGGUGGUCCUGAUGCCGUUCAACAUCACUGGCAUGUGGACGGAUCCGUUAAAGAUUUGGCAUCAGGUAAAAAAGUAUCAUAUAAAGACGCAAUAC